GUUUUUUUUAUUUAUUUUAUUUUAUUUUCCUCCCCCGUGCUGUAUGUACUGGUUUUCCUCGUCACCCGCCACGGUUAACUUCCCUGUGACUCGGUUUAACUCUUGAGAUCUACGUGGAUGUUGCUAAGAGUACUUCUCUUGCCUUUGCUGUCCCUUGCUGGGAUCGGAUUCACACUACCCGGACCCUGUGUGCCUGUAUGUGUGUUCUGAGUGUCUUGACAUUUUGAUUCCUUUACAAGAGCUAUGCAUUAAUUGUAACCAAGACCUGUGAGUGACCAUAGGCUUGGCUUGACCUUGAUUUUGAUGGCUUUGUUGGAAGAUCUAAUGAUGUGAUUGCAUUUCACGAGGUGAUUGCUCUCCAGCCUCCGUGGCUCAGGGUAUAAACCGCUUCUGCCACACUGUCACUCAUGGACAAUUCAGAUUUUUUUUUAAACAAACCUUUUGGCUAUCAUUAUUUUCUCACUCCUCCUUUCCCUGCUGUUUCUCCUUAAUGCUGGGAGCCUUAUUCUACCCUCUGAUGUGAUUGAUAGUCCUGCUGCUUUGCGCUGCUGAUUUCUGGUUUAAAAUACAAUGGCUCUAAGUGGCAACUGCAGGACUUACCUGCCUCCUCGGGAGCAGGGGACUGGACUACACUCCUUCCCAGAGGUAGUGGAGCUCAACGUGGGUGGCCAGGUUUACUUCACUCGCCACUCCACCUUGGUUGGCACCCCUCACUCCCUGCUGUGGAAAAUGUUCACCCCAAAGAGAGACACAGCCAACGAUCUGGCCAAGGACUCCAAGGGAAGAUUCUUCAUUGACAGAGAUGGUUUCCUUUUCCGCUAUAUUCUGGACUAUCUCAGGGACAAGCAAGUGGUUUUGCCUGACCACUUCCCAGAGAAGGGAAGGCUCAAGAGGGAGGCUGAGUACUUCCAGCUCCCAGACUUAGUCAAACUCCUGACUCCUGAUGACAACAAGCAAAGCCCUGAUGAUUAUUGCCACAGUGACUACGAAGAGGUCUCCCAAGGCAGUGACACGAGAAUAUGCCCACCCUCAUCGCUCUUACCGUCAGAUCGGAAGUGGGGAUUCAUUACCAUCGGGUACCGGGGGUCGUGCACUAUUGGCAGGGAGAGCCAAGCAGAUGCCAAAUUCAGGAGGGUCCCAAGGAUUUUGGUUUGUGGAAGGAUUGCUCUGGUCAAAGAGGUCUUUGGAGAAAGUUUAAAUGAAAGCAGAGACCCGGACAGGGCUCCAGAAAGGUACACCUCCAGGUUUUAUCUCAAGUUCAAGCACCUGGAGAGGGCUUUCGACAUGUUGUCCGAGUGUGGAUUCCACAUGGUGGCCUGUAACUCCUCGGUGACAGCUUCCUUCGUCAACCAGUACACAGACGACAAGGUCUGGUCCAGCUACACCGAAUAUGUCUUCUACCGUGAGCCCUCCCGGUGGUCCUCGUCCCACUGCGACUGCUGCUGCAAGAACGGCAAAGGCGACAAGGAGGGAGAGAGCGGCACAUCCUGCAACGAGCUGUCGACGUCCAGCUGCGACAGCCAGUCGGAGGCCAGCUCCCCCCAGGAGACCGUCAUCUGCGGCCCUGUCACGCGCCAGACCAACAUACAGACUCUGGACCGGCCGGCCAAGAAGGGCCCUGUGCAGCUGCUGCAGCAGUCCGAGAUCCGCAGGAAGAGCGACCUGCUCCGGACUCUCACCUCUGGCUCCCGGGAGUCCAACUCCAGCAAGAAAAAAGCAGUGAAGGAGAAGCUCUCCAUUGAGGAGGAGCUGGAAAAAUGUAUCCAGGAUUUCCUCAAAAUCAAAAUCCCAGACCGGUUUCCCGAGAGGAAACACCCCUGGCAAUCUGAACUGCUGCGGAAGUACCACCUUUAGGCUCAGGGUGGGGAGAGCACAUGACCUUGUUACAUUAGAGACAGAUCCUAAGUGAUACAAAAAUAAUUCCCAAUAAUAAUUAUUUGUUAGGUCACCGAAA